AUGUGUGAGACUUCAGAUAAUGCCUUGAUUUCAACGAGACCCUCUGACUCAGGGCUUCACGUUGCAUUACACCCUCUUGUCCUUCUCACCAUCUCAGAUUAUGCCACACGACACGCUGCACGGCAACAGACUGGUCCUAUCGUGGGAGCUAUUCUAGGACAGCAGCAAGGUCGCCAGAUAACUCUGGAGCAUGCGUUCGACUGCCAUACAAUAACAAGUUCAGAGAACGAGAUCGUUCUUGAUUCAAGCUGGUUUGCGAGUCGAGUACAACAGUUUCGAGAUGUUCACAAAGCUCCUCCUCUGGACAUAGUUGGAUGGUUUACUCUGACUCCCGAAUCUGGUCCAUCUCCAUCCAUCCUCCCCAUCCACAACCAGAUACUUCAAGAAUACAACGAAUCGGCCGUAUUGCUUGCGUUCCAUCCCUCGCAAAUAGCUUCAGAUUUUGAAAGCGGGGCAAAGCUUCCUUUGACGGUCUACGAGAGCGUAUUUGAAGGAGAAAAUGUCGCUGAUGCUCGUACGGCCUCGCAGACUGGUGACGACAGGCAGGCUUUACAUAUUCGCUUUAGGGAGCUACCCUACUCGAUAGAGACUGGGGAAGCCGAGAUGAUAAGUGUGGAUUUUGUUGCUAGAGGCGCCGGUAAUGCUACAGCUAUUGAGACGACUAAAGCCGCGCCAAAGCGAGCUACGAGCACAAAUGAGGCUGAGGCAUCAAAGAAGGCAGAUGAUUCUGUACUCUUGUCACCAGAGAAUGAAGAAUUCAUUGCCAAUCUCUCCACACGUCUCAACGCCGUCAAGACACUCGAAUCUCGGAUACGCCUUAUUCGAUCAUUCCUCGAAAACCUACCACCGUCCGCGUCGGACGGUAAAACCAGUCAAAGCACACAGUCAAUACUUCGCAACAUAUCCGCACUGGUAUCCGGCCUCUCUCUCCUGACUCCGCAAGACUCCAAAUCCUUCGCAGUAGAGUCUCUCGCGCAAGAAAAUGACGUUGCACUUAUCUCCCUGCUGGGCCGUCUAGGCGAGAACGUAAAGCAUAUUCGCGAACUAGGCAAGAAAUCAGCAAUCGUGGAGACGGGCAAACAACAGGCUCUCGCUCCAGUGACAAAAGGUCGCAAAUCGCACAUGGGUCUUCCGUCAAGAAUCGACGACGAAUUGAGUCAAAAUGCGUUUGCGAAUCUUAACUCUGGCGGCUUGCAAUUGGUGUAA